UGUAACGUCUGGUGGCAUUGCUUUGUAACCUUGUUGGUAUAUUUGCAUUUCUCAGGACCUUCACAGAACAUGCGCAUGUUCAUGUCAAGUGUAGUGCGAAGGAAAUAAUAUUUUGGCUUUCGGGGGCCUAAAAUUAGCUAAAAUGCAUAAGUUAAAGUUCUCACAAAGAGACAAGGUAAAGAAAUUUAUAACAUUUACACAUACUGGAGAACAAACUGCAAUAUAUUGUUUAGCACAAAAUGAUUGGAAGCUAGACUUGGCAAGUGAUAAUUAUUUCCAAAAUCCGGAAGCAUAUUGCAAGGAACCAAAAAAUACAGUAGAUAAAAAGAAAUUAGAAAUACUGUUUAGUCGAUAUCAAGAUCCAAAUGAACCUGACAAGAUUACAGCAGAUGGAAUAAUGAAAUUUUUGGAUGAUUUGGAUUUGAGCCCUGAAAGCAAAUUAGUGUUAAUCAUUGCCUGGAAAUUUAGAGCAGAAACACAAUGUGAAUUUACUAAAGAUGAAUUUAUGAAUGGGAUGACAGACUUGGGUGUGGACAGUAUAGAUAAAUUAAAAGCCUGUUUAAAUAGUUUAGAAAAUGAAUUAAGGGAUUCUCAAAAAUUUAAAGACUUUUAUCAAUUUACAUUUAAUUAUGCAAAAAAUCCAGGACAGAAAGGUUUGGAUCUUGAUAUGGCAAUUGCGUAUUGGAAUAUUGUAUUAGAUGAUAAAUUUAAGUUCCUGCCCUUAUGGUGCCAGUUUUUACAGGAACACCAUAAGAGGUCAAUUCCAAAAGAUACAUGGAAUUUAUUAUUAGACUUUGCACUUAUGAUUAAUCCUGAUAUGAGUAAUUAUGAUGAAGAGGGAGCCUGGCCUGUACUGAUAGACGAUUUUGUAGAAUGGGCACAGCCCCGCAUUCGUCAGUCCCUCUAACAUCUUUUUGUUACAUUUUUAACUUCAUAUAAAAAAAAGCUUUAUUUAUUCAAUUAUAAAAUCGUAUAUUCUUCAAGUGAUAUUUGAUCAUAUUUUUCUGAUAGAGCAUCAUUUUACUUUGUGUACAGAAUACAUGGUAAUGAAGCAGGAGUAUUACAAUUAUUAGGAUCAAUUUAAUGUAUAAUAACUCUGUAAUGUAAACAGAUAGAUAUAUAUAUAUAUAUAUAUAUAUAUACAUACAUAUAUAUAUGUAUAUAUAUAUAAAAUUAUUACUUGUAAGUGAAAACAUAAUUUCACAUAAAACUAGAAGAUCUAUAUCAUUUAGAUCAAUCUUUAUCUAUCUAUAUCAUUUAUUCUCAAAUUAAAUUACAAUUAAAGUUUUACAUAAGAAUUGCAUUAUUAUACAUCUGUACAAAGUAAUAUGAUGUAUAAUCAGUUUAUUCGGAAAAACAAUGCUAGUAAAAAAUAUUGCUCAACUACCGACGAUAUUUGAAAACAAUUGAAAAAAAUCGCUGAUUGUGUUCUUUGCACGAAUUUGGCUUUAAAAAAGAGAAAUCAUAAAAAUAAUUCAUUUAUAAUUUUUUGUAGAUAGUAAUUUCUAGAAAUUACGUUGUUACAAAUUGUUAUUAAAUAAAUUUUACGACACUCUACAGAAAACUUGUAAUAUAUAUAUACAAAAAAAAAAAGGAAAGAAAAAAACACAGAGAGAAAAAUCUGUAUUUUAAACAUAAUGCUAUUCCGGCACUGGUAUACUUAUCUUUUUUACAAUCACCAAUUUAUAUGGUGACAAAAAAGAUUUGUUUCUGUUUUAGUGAAGAUUAAUAUUUAUAUUGUAACUCUGACAUAUAAAUGUUAGGGAAAAUAAAUUAAGAAUUUUUUACAAGUUUAAAUUAUGGGUUUCAUUUAUAAUUAAUGCAGAUUAAAUAUAUUUUUUUAUAAUGUUAAAAGAUCGUGAUUACAAAUAUUUAUUGAUUUUAAAACAUACACGAGUCAAAUACAUUUAUAAAAACAGAAUAAUUCUCAUGACAAAUUUUCUGUUUUUACAAAGUGUUGAAGUUAUAAAUAACAUUUUAAGUUUCAUAUUUUUUUCCCUACUUCACUAAGCAGUAUGUAAUUAAUGCUUUUGUAGUUUAGUACACAAAUUUUUAAGAUUACUAAUCGCUGUAAUUUAUAUAUAAUACAAAGAGAUUAAAGAAACAUGAUGUAAAGAAAUAUAUCUCUGCAACUUUAUGGUUAACAGUUAAGGAAUCAGAACAUUAUAUCAGUUUAGAUAUAUUGACAUUGAAAGGUGCAAAGUAGAGAUUUAGCAAUAUAAAAAAUACGUCGUCCAGAAAUUUUGGAUUAUAUUUUAUAAAAAUGUUGAAAUAGAUAAAAUGAAGAAAGUUCUGACAUACGCAUUCAUUACAAAACGAAAAGUCCAGUAAAAUAUUGUCAGAAAUAUGUUGGCGCAAUGCAAAAGACAAGUUCAUGGAAAAUAUGUAUAUUAUAUUUCAUUUAAGUGAUACGAAAAAAAAUACGAUCUUUAGAGGUAAACUACGUUAUUUUUUUAAUAGUUUAUGCAUUGCGUGGACACACUAAAAAUUGUAAUAGUUUUAGGAAGAAAUUGUACAUAAUGUAAAUAAAUCUGUCAGUCUUAAUCGAUAUAUGUCUGAUUGAACAAAAUAUUCCAUAAUCAUUACACACAACACCCAAAUCAUAAUAAAAUUACAUAUAUAAAUUUUACAUUUUUUUUUUUAUAUAUUUGUAUAACUUUUAAAAAAUUUACAUAUUGAUACUUGAAAAACUAGGAUUAUGUAUAAUUAUUAUUAUGUUUUCUGCAACAAUUACCACAGUUGCAUAUAGGAUUACAGCCACAUGAUGAAUUGGAUGGAUAUAAAAAAGCUAGUUCGUAUUGAUUUGCUUUUGUAUUGUAGCAUUUAUUUAAUACGUCCUUUGUGUACCAAUUGCAUAAAUGUUCCAAUUUGUCUAUA